GGGGUGCUGAGCAUGGAGGAAACAGGGAACCCCCAAGCUGGAGCUGUGCUGAGCAUCCCCAAGGUGCCCAGCUUGAUUCCAUAAGCUUUGCAAAGAUGCGCGUGACACCAAAAGUGCGUGAGGGGUAGGAGCCCCCCUGAACUCAGAUCAACGCAAAAAACCAAGGAAUCACCCCCAAAAUUGCUUUGGGCGUGGGAGGUGGGUCAAUGCAACUCCCUGCAAUGAUGCAUUAUCACCCCCCAAAGCUGCAUUGGGGGUGGGAGUGCUCCUGCAGCCAGGUCAAUGUAACCACCCCAUUGCAAAAAUGCAUGCAUGACCCCACAAAUGUAAGAACGAGGUGUGGAUGGCACACCUCCUGUUGCUGGGCUCUGCAAAAAUGCAUGUGGUGCCCCCAAAAUGUGCAGGGCUUGGGCAGGAGCUCUCCUGCACCUGGGUCAAUGCAACCCUUUGCAGAAAUCCAUCUGUCACCCCCAAAAAUGCAGGGGGAGUGCUCCUGCAGCCAGGUCGAUGCAACUCUUUGCAAAAAUGCACACAUCACUGGCAAAAAUGCAGGGAGUGGGAGGCAGGUCCAGGCAGCCCUUGGCAAAGUUGUGUCAUUGCCCUGCAAAAGCUGCCUGGGGAGUGAGAGAUGCCAGUGCUCGGAUCAGUGCAGUGUUUGGCAAAGAUACCUCCAUUCCCCCCAAAAUGGUGGGGGGAAGGAUUCUGUAUCCCAUCCCCAUCUCCACUGGAUGCAGACAAAGCCCCCUCAGAUGUAAAACUGCAUCACGGGAGUCUGUGCACGUGCACUGCUCCUCAUCGCUGGUUGUAAGCCAAAAAAGGCAGGGAAAAAAAUGUAAAAACAUGAUUUUCUGGAGGAGGGAACUCGUCAAAACAUUCUCACUCUCCAAAACACCUCAGAAUUCCCUCUCCUCACAUCCCAGAGGUCCUGUCCAUGAGCCCCCCAUACGGAUACCGUCACUGACAGCAAACAAACCCCAUAUUGAAGAGGAGAGCAGAGUGGGAAAACCAGCUGGGCUGAGUGAAGCAGGAGCAAGAAAGGCCUUAAACAAGCCCGAAAAGUCAUGGGACCUAUUGGGCCGGGCCCGCGGCGGUGCCGGGAUGGGGCUCCCUUCCAAGGGGCAGCGCCGGGGGGCCGCGCAGCCCCCGGGGAGGCACCAGGCGAGACCCCUGCAGAGCAGAUGGCGAGUGCUGGCCGAGAGGAACCAGAGCGUGGCCCCCGUGGGCGUCUGGGUGGAGAGUGCGCCAGGGCAGCAAAGCCCGGCCUUUGCCUCAGCAUUCCGUGUGGAGGAGGAGCUGAAGGAGCAGCAGCAGAGGAAGGCAGCCAGCCUGAGGAGAUUCCAGGUCGAGGUGAGGCAGAGGGUGAACUGGCACGUCAGGAUGCGCCGCAGGCAGGAGCUGCAGAAGGCCUAUGAAGCAGUGGAGAGGGAGAGCUGUGUUACUGCGCAGUACUCAUCCCCCUGGAAGAACACCUGCGUGUUCCAGAGUCUCCCUGCUCCCAUCAUCUGUGGGCCCAGCGCUGGCUCUGGCCCAGCCCAGCCAGAAGAGGAGCAUGGGGAGCCAUUCCAGCAGCAAGCUGCCGAGCUGAGCAGGGCAGUGCAGCAGGUGCGGCGCAGGCUGGCGUCCCGCAGGACCGUGUCCGUGUCCCCUGGUGCCCGGAGGCAGGAGCGGCAGAGCGAGUUCCUGCGGUGCCGGCGCCUCUUCAUGGCCCUGGAGCGGGAGCGAGUGAGGCAACAGCAGCGGCAGCAAGAGAGGCAGCAGAGAGUGGCCCAGAUUAAGAGGCAGAAGGAGAAUCAGCGGCGGGCAGAGGAGCAGAGGAUGAGAGACAUGGCUGAGCAGAGAGAGCCCUCCCCAGGAAAGGGAGCCUGGGAAGCUCUGGCCCAGCUGCAGCUGGAGGAGAGGAGGGUGAGGGACAGACAGCAGCGGGACAAGGAGCACACGAGGUAUGUUGAAGCUCUGAGAGCCCAGAUGAAGGAGAAAGUCAAAUUCUGUAACAUUGACUUGCCCCCGCUGUGUUCCUGUGGGUCUGAUUUCUGGGAUUCCCACCCGGAUACCUGCGCCAAUAACUGCGUCUUCUACAAAAACCACAAAGCCUACAGCCAGGUGCUGCACUCAGUGAUCUCCUCCUACGCCCAUGCAGCCUCACGGCCUCUGCAGGACCUGGCUGCUCUGUGUGCUCGUGCGGGGAAGCGUCUGUGACCCAGGCAGCUCCGUGUCCCUGCGCCUGCGCGGGGAGCGGGGCUGUGCCGUGUCCUGCCUGCCCCUCCACGCCAGCUGCCAGGACGGUGUCACCUUUGCUCUCCUGGUUUGUGUGUGCCUCUCCCACUCUGCUCCAGGUGUGCAGUUGGCCAGGGCGAUGGUCGAGGUAAACGAGACAAUUGCUCUGUGGAGUUGGUUUAUGGCAGGCACUUGCAUUCCAGCAUUUGACCGUGGAAUAAACUGCUUUCAAGGAU